GUGACGCGGCCGCGCCACGCCCCGAGUCGCGUGGAGUGCGAGGUCCCGCCCAAUGCUGCUUGCAGCUUUAAUUAUAUAUUAUUAUUGUAGACUCGUUACAGCAGGCUGCUUUGGGAUAAGAACAUGCUAUGCUAGUAUGAGUAGGUAACAAUGACACUAAGCACUGAGAAAUUAAUCAAACUACCCCAAUAUAAUAAUAAAGUUGAAUGUAAAAGUUUGGCCACCCCUUGACAAAAAACUAAUUUUGGUGAUUGUUUUUGAUCGAUACCCCCGACCAUUAUACCAUUAUUACAAGUUUUACGGAAAGACAUAACAGCAAUUAAUGUCCAUUUUGUACCCUCCAGCUCUAACACUGUUACAUCAGGAAUUUGUGUGGUCUGAGUUCACCAAAGUUAAGCUAAGCAGUAAAUGAAAUGUGGAUACAUGAAAUAAGGUUAUUUUUUCACAUCCACUUGACAAUUUCAUAUGUUUCAUAUACAUUGUAUGCAUUGUGUCUUUUAUUUAAUUUCCACUGUGUGUAAUAACCCAUGAUAAUGUCGUCCUGUUGCUAUUUUUUGUCUUGAAAAUAUAUCAACAGUUUAAAAGAAAACUUGUUUGCUGUCUUUCUUAAAUCUGGUCCAUUGUAUCUUUACUGUAGUCCCUGGGCUCAAUAUUGAUCAUGAUACUGAACCCUGAAUUGCUGUGAAUGUGUAUGACUGCAUUAGUUUCUGUUCGAUGGGCUUUGCCAUCACUGAAUGUGUGUGAAAGGGUGAAAGCACAGAUUUAACAGCAUUACUUGGCCACAUAGGCCAGCAGAAAAGCAUUGCCCUGCCAUGUCCUGAUUGUCCCUUAGGCUACGCAUUAUCUCAAUUGUUACUGAUACUUAGGAAAUGCCUAUUUGAUUUCAGCGUUUCCAGUGCUAUUGAUUUCUGUGAACUAGCAUUUCACUGAUCAGCAGGAUGCAAUAUGACUGGCAAAUUGUAAACAUAUUUUACAUUGUCUCUGUUACAACGACCGACCUAAUAUCAAAUAUUCCUAUUGCUCAAAGAUUUAAAAAGUAAAACCUUUGAACGAGUACAACUGUUCCAAAUUAAAUAAGUAUUAUCUUAAAUAUGCUAUUGCAGUUCUGUCUUGUACAGCACUAUAACAUGAAUUCUGAAUACUCUCAGCCCCACUGUAGCAGCUUCUCCAUAGACCAUAGUACAGUGAUUGGUUUGGGAGGCAGGCGGCAGAUCGGCCCUCCUGCAGAACCAACGCACACUCAGGUCCCACAGUGGAAUCCUAAUCCUGCAGAACAUCAUUCUCCAGACAACAGUGACCGAGCUGGUGAGGAAUUCCUGAGAUGCAUUGCAGCCAACAAGCCUCUCCCAGACUAUCUCAAAGGGAACAUGGCAUACAACCUGGCUGAUGCAUUUCAGUCAGCUAAUGUCCUGAAAGAAGUAGUCAAAUCAAACCUUGAGUUCCAGAAGCAUGUGAACAGGAGCAGAAGCCAAAGCCGAAGCUGCGGCAGAUCUCGAGCCAAGAGCUGUGCACGAAGCAAAAGCCGUGCACGCAGCCGAAGCAGAGGAAGGAGCAAAAGUCAUGUUCGUGGCAAGAGUAGAGUGAGAAGUAAAAGCAGGGCUCACAGUAGGAGUAGGAGCCAUAGCCGAAGCAAGAAGAAGAGUCAUGUACGGAGCAAGAGCCGGGUGAGGAGGUCCAAGUCAAGAAGUAGCAGUGGUGAAAAGAGCCAUGGCACAGACAAAAAAAGAAAGAGGAGUCCGAACCACAGCUGCAUCAGCAUUAAUAAUCUGACAGAAAAUAGUCUGUUUGAAGGACUAAAGCUGGUCAUGAACAGCAAAGAAAUGGAAGAGCGGUUGCCCACCCUCAAAGAUGCCAUCCUCACUAUUCAGGCCUCAGAUGAAAGCAAAAAAGUGGAGUCUUUUCAAGAUGAGCACAGACAUCAGCAGCACGACAGUCAGGAGAAUUCAAUAUCAUUGGAAAAUGAUAGUAUGCUCCUUCCUCAUGACAGAGUAGGAAGUGACUUCUCUUGGCUCCAGGUACAAAGUCAAGAGGACUCCACAGUCCGGAAAGCUGAUGAGCUUGAAGAUGAAGAGUCAUUCUUGUAUGGGAAUGAAGAAGUUGAAGGAAAACAAGCCAAUAAGUCCUCCAAAAUUACGAGUACCACAAUUUUUACAGCGUUUUCCCAGAUUGGAGAACAUGUCAAACCACAGGAAAUGGAUAGUCUUGCUCUUGGCAGUCAACAGCAACAACCCCUUCAGAUGACUUCCUCAAGCUUAGUCUCUUCCAAUCUAGACAGCAGUGAAUGUGAGAAGAUCAAAAACAUAUUAGAAAGUCUGGGCACUGCAGACAUCAGCGAGAUCGUGGUGAAGAUGCAGGGGCAGAAGGAGGGGAAACAUAUGUUUCCUGCACUUCUUGGUUCAGACCCAACAGCAGCAGGCUUAGUAAUGCCAGGACUGAGUGACCCAAAUGUGCGACAAGCUCUGGAGUCUCUACAAUCACUGAUCAAAGGUGAGUAUCCUGUAUUGAAUGAAAGAUUCAACUUGAUUACUCAACUUGUUCAAUUACAGUUUUUUUAAUAUUUGAUAGUAAAUAUCAAUAAAAAGCUGUUUGGGUUUCAAGGGUGUAUUCUUCCCAAACUGUUAAGUACAGGAUGUUUGGAAAACAAGCCAAUAAGUUAGUUAUUACUAACCCAAUCCUCAGUUUGGUAUGACCUGUGACUCAAACAGUUACUGUCAAGACUGUUUACUAUUUGCACUGGAACAGAAAUUCUAGAGUGCAGGCUUUAUCCCAAAAGUUUUGGUAGUGCACAAGUUGUUGUGUAUCAGCUGUAACAUGCUUAUCAGCUGUAACAUGCUAGUCAGCUUAGCCCUGUUAGCCAGGUUUGUCAAACUCAUGCAAUGUUGCUGCCUUUGAAUGGCAAAUACAAAUGAGAGAUGGAAAUGGACUGGAAUGCAACUCCUCCCAACAGCAUUAGAACAGCCUCUCACUGCAGGUUCCGACCAUGCCAAGCAAUAACUAAUAAAGUAUUUAUUGCUGCGAUAUGCGACCAUACUCGGUCAUAGAUAAAACAGAAUUAAAGCAUGUGCUCAAAGUGCUUGAGCCCUGCUGCAUUUUUGUGACUUCAUGUGUGCGAGUCUCCACUGUGAGAAAGUGGUCGAGUCCUACUAUGAUGCAU